UGCCCCCCUCCCUCCCGCACGCCUCCUUUCCUCCCUCCCGCACGCCUCCUCUCCUCCCACCCACAUCGCCGCCACCGCCACCCACCUCCUUGAACUGCGCCGUCGGCGGCCAGAUCCACCGCAACAAACCCCCCUCCCCUCCCCCCAACAAUGAUGAGCAACAGCAGAGGGAGGAUGAGGAGCACGACGACGGCGGCGGCGGAGAGCAGCAGCAAUAGGCGGCGCAGCAGCAGGCCUUGGGCAAGAUUCCUCCGACCCCCGUCCCGCGUCACCUAUCCUCCGACCACGCCGCCGUGCUGCACGACGGCAAGUGGGCGCCCGCCCUCCCCGUCCUGCGAUGGCCGAGAUCCAGUUCGUCGCCCUUGUCCUUGCCUUACCUCACGUCUCCCCCGCCACCACCCACUGGCAGGAGGCCCCCGCCACUCCUCUUGCGCCUCCACCACGUCGCCGUCACUGGGAGGAGGUGCUCAUUGCCUCCGGGAAGCACCACGGCCACUGGAUCCGUUGCUACGUUCGUCGAUCUUUUGGUCCGCUAUCUACAGGUUCUCGUUGUUCUGUUUGUUUCUUUCGGUUUGGUGGUGGCCUUGGAAUCCUGUUGACUCUUGGAAACUGCUGGACCCUGUUGUUAUUCUUUGGUUCAUAAGGUCAUAUGGUUCAAUUGAUAUUCAGAAGACUUCUUCUUUGCCAAAGAUGAGCUCUUGCUCGGUAAUUUGCAUGCCAUGCUGGACAUCAUUUAUAAACUGCAAAGGAGAGCUACUAAUCUUAAUAUGGGUGAGCAUCAGUCUAGAUUGAUCUCCCACCCCGCAGCAAUAGGAUAUUGGCAACUCACUUGGAAAUUCAUUGAGAAUUUACUCUGUUCAGAAGCAAAAUCAUAUUCCACUGCUCCAUCCACUCUGUCCAGGUUCAUCUCUCUCUCUCUCUCUCUCAUGUCAAGCUUGAUUCCUUGUAAUAUAUUGUGUGAUGGAAGUAUAUGUUUUCUUUCCUUUGGCCGCACUAUUUCCAUGUGCACUAUAAUAUUUAUUCAAUAUAAAAUGCAGAUUUUCAGAAAUAUCAAAGUUUGAGAGAAGCAUAUUUAGGCCUGAAACUUUUUAUCUUGCCAAAACUUCCGUGCAUACAGCGGCUUCUUUGAAUUUCUGCUUCUAGGAGAUGAUGUUGGUUCUGAACUUCCAUCACAUUUAUGAAGUUCUAUUCUGCUCUAGCUCAUGUUUUUAUCCUAAAUUGAAUUAACUGGUUCAUUUUUUUUGUCGAUAAGGAACAUCAUGGCAGAUCUGUGGACGGCAUCACCACAACCAUAGAUGGUCUAAUCUCGAGGUGAAAAUACUCUCUUUGUCUCUCAAUUAUGUUAACUAAAUAGUUACUUGAUUUGAUGUUGGUUAGGAUUUGUGUGGAGUAAGCAACUAUUCUCUUUGACCACUGCCAGCUACUUCUAAUUUUUGUUAGUCCCAUUCUGCAACUACAACUUGCACAAUAAGAAUAUUCAGAUAAUGUUGCAUGUUCUGUCAUUGAUUGGCCAACUCAUUAUCUUCUUCUUUUGACCAUUUUGGAGAGGAAACCAAAAGAGGAGAAGAAGGCAGCUGAAGAGCAUGCUGCCGAAGUGAAGGGUUCUGGCAAGAAGAAAGAAAGAAUGUUAUCCUACAUUCUUUGUAUUUUACUCACAUUUAUAACUUUGCACUAAACGUUAUUGUGAAGCAUGUUUGUUUGUAAUAUUGUCUUUAGCAAUAGAAGAUUUUUAUAGCUUCAAUCUGCUAUGUGGAAGAAUAUUGGCAUUACUAAUUUCUCAAAAAUAAAAACACUUGCUUUUGCAGCACCGUCAUGUUGAUCAGUGAGAGGUGAACCAAUGAAUUCAUAAACAGAAAUGUUUUGUGUUGCUCUUUCAGUUCUGUCUGUUGUGUUUUCAUGGCCAUGCUUGCACAACAGCGGUGCUUCUCCAAGAUGUGCUCUUUAGUAUGGCGUCAGAACAACUAAAUUUUCAGUCAAGAACUAUUUUCUUUUUUUUUCUACUUGCUCACUAAACAAUGCAUUGACGUCCUGUUUCUUUCCCAAUUCCGUCCACUCAUUGCUGAUACAUGGAUUAUUUUGUGCGUUGUAUGCUUUGUACAAGUUUGGCAAUGUCCUUUGUUAUUUAAGAGUUCCAUUCUGCUUUGUUAAUGUAGUAACCAUUUGUGACUUGGAUACAAAAUAUUUGGCAUGGGUGGUUGAAUUUAUAAGGACAUGCUAUCUUACUUGCCA